AUGUAUAGAAUAUUGAGAUCGAACCGGCCGGGAUCGGGAUGGAUAACGGGGAAGUUAAGGUUGUCGAAGCCACAGCUUUUCCAAUCAAAGAUUCUGUGUUUAUCUCUUCUCUACCUCUUCACCACUCUCUUCUUGGCUGUUUUCUCUUCUUUCUCUCCUAAAUUCAAAUGCCUCUUCAGAUCCUCCCCUUACGAUCCAAUCCUCUCCCCUCUCUUCUCCUACAACUCCUCCUAUGGCGAACACAAACACGCCCUAUCGACCUCUCGUUCCUCCUGCAAGUCUCCGAUUUUGUUCUCCGAUUAUUGGGGCGUGGUGAAGGAAAUCAAAGCGCUUUCUGAGGAUUAUUCUUCGUCGUUGGGUUCGUGGAACCUGAGGUAUCUUCAAGAGAAUGCAGAUUCCUUCGGUGGGAAUUUCACUGCCCGGAGACGGUUUUCGUAUUUCCAUCACAGAGAUCAUCGGAAGGCAAUCCCAUGCGGAUUCUUCAAACAUUUUCCGAUUAGAGAUUCCGAUAGGAUUGCAAUGGAGAAAUGCACGGGGGUGGUGGUGGUCUCGGCAGCAUUCAACGACCACGACAAAAUCCGGCAGCCAAAGGGACUAGGAUCCGAAACCCCAAAAAUGGUGUGUUUUUUCAUGUUUGUGGACGACGUGACGAUGAACAGCCUCCAUUAUCACAACUUGGUUUCAAGAAAAGAAGCUACGGAGCGAAGGGUUGGGGUGUGGAGGCUCGUGGAGGUGAGAAAGGAAAGUCUAUACCAAAGUGCAGCCAUGAAUGGGGUGAUACCAAAGUUCUUGGCUCACAGGCUUUUCUCCAACUCCAAAUUCAGUGUUUGGAUAGACGCAAAGGUGCAGCUUGUGGUGGAUCCGUUGCUGUUGGUUCACUCGUUGGUUAUCAAGGAGAAUGUGGAUAUGGCUAUCUCUAGGCACCCCUUUUUUGUUCACACCAUGGAAGAAGCCAUGGCAACUGCUAGGUGGAACAAAUGGGGGGAUGUUUAUGGGUUAAAGAUGCAGAUGGAGACGUAUUGUGACAAUGGAUUACAGCCAUGGACACACAAAAAGCAUUAUCCUUCAGAUGUACCAGACAGUGCUGUGAUCAUUAGGAAACAUAGUACGGCAACAAACCUCUUCUCAUGCCUAGUAUUCAAUGAGGCUGAAGCAUUCAACCCAAGAGACCAACUGGCAUUUGCAUUCGUGAGAGACAUUAUGAACCCUAAGCUGAAGCUGAACAUGUUUGAUAUUGAAGUUUUUGAACAAGUGACAGUUGAGUAUAGGCACAACCUUAAAGGUGGCGGUGGUGGGGCCAGUGGGCCCCAAACCAAGGUGGCAAACUCUUAUUGGUUAGAUAGUAAGCCUAGCUCUGGCAAGUGUGGUAGGUACCUCUCAAAAAUGUGGAGUGAAUCCCAUAAUUGAUUUUGUCUCUUUUGUUGGGUUCAUUCUACACA